AUGACUAUUCUUUAUAAAGUUCCACCACAAAAUACUGAAUAUGUAAUUCCAAGAACUGUUACAACACUUUUGGAUGAAUCAAUGCAUGGAUUACAAAAGAUAUAUUCGAUUUCAAUACCAAAUACAGUAUCAGUAAUAUUGCCAAGAUUAAUUAUGUAUUCAAGAGUUACUUCGAUUACAUUUGAGUCAGGAAUUAUAUUAGAAAACUUUACUUGCAUGGCUUAUGCGAACAUCAAAAGUAUAGUAAUUCCAAAAUCAGUAAAAUAUUUUAGAGAUGGCUGUUUCUGGAGAGCAUCACAAAUGACAUCGAUAACUUUUGAAGAAGGAAGCCAAUUAGAACUAAUUGAAGGUAAUGCUUUUGCAUAUUGUGUGUUUACUUCAAUAAUUAUUCCUUCAAAAUGCAAAGAAAUAAAACAAAAUGCAUUCAAUUCACAGACAAAACUGAAGAAUAUUUCUUUGCCAGCUUCAAUAGAAAAAUUAUACCCUGAAACAUUUGCAAACUGCCAAGAAAUUACUACAAUGACAUUAGAUCCAGAUAACCAAAACUAUACAUUAGCAAGUAAUUCAUUAUUGCAAUCAAUUGAUGGUUCACAAACCAUUUACAUUGUUUCAACAAUUACUUCACUUACAAUUACUGCUAAAAUGUCGUCAAUUGGUUUAUCUGUUUUACAAGGAUGUGAUAAACUAACAACAUUAACUGUUGAAACAGGGAAUAAAUAUUUCUAUGCAGAAGGCGGUAUUUUAUACAAUAUUGGUAAAACAAAAGCAAUUGCUGCAGUUGGAGGUUUAGUUACUGCAAAUGUUUUAGCAACUGUAACUGAAAUCGGAAUUUAUUGUUUCGCUGGUUGCAUAAAACUCACAACAAUUAAUUUGGGACCAAACGUUGUCACAUUAAACUACAAUUCUUUUAUGAAUGCAAACAGAUUCACAAAGAUUAUUAUACCUGCAAAAUGCAAGACAAUAAAUAGCAACUGCUUUUUUGGAUGCACAGCUUUAACUAAUAUUACAUUUCUUGGUGAUUUAGUAGAAUACAUUGGCUAUCUAGCAUUUGCAUCAACAAAACUCACAUCAAUCGUUUUUAGUAGUAAAUUAAAAACAUUAGAUCAUGAAGCAUUUAGUAAUAUUGGACUUACAUCUGCUGAAUUCCAUCCUGACUAUCCGUUGCAAAGGAUUAGAUAUUUAGCGUUUUAUCAAACAAAAUUGGUCACUGUAAGAAUACCAAGAAAUGUCAGAUGGAGUGAAUACAAUGCAUUUUAUAAUAUUAAAACAUUGACGACCUUAGGAUUUGCUGUAAAUUCAUCACUUAUUGAACUACAAUACACUGUAUUUCUAAAUGCAAACAUUACAACAUUAACUUUACCAAAGUCACUAAAAACAAUGGGACAAGGUUGUUUCAUGGGUGCAAGAACAUUGAAGUAUUAA